AUGGGCCCUCGAACAGACCCCGAAGCUAUUGAGCGUCGACGCAUGCAGAACCGUCUUGCACAGCGUAAACGAAGACUUAAGAGAGCUCAGAUGGCAAAGGAAGAAAAAGAACGCCAGCAACGGCUGCGAGCAGCCCAAGCAGCUUCUCAGUUAACCUUCAUCAACGACGCCUACAUGCCAACCAACCCAAUUCCUGCUCCUCAACCUCAACAGCCGCUACCCAAGGAGCAGCCAAUGCCAUCACCGGGUCUCUUUGAAUAUCCUCCUUCUUAUGAUGAAUUCUUUUACUCGUCGUGCUUCCCCUCGCCACAAAGCUGCUACGACUCCGACAGCUCUCCAUUCUUCAAUGACUAUCCUUCUCCCGCAUUAUCAUACGCUCCAUCCACCCCACCUUUGAGCAUGUACACUCCAAGUCUCGACGAAGACCUAUCCGGCAGCUUCAACCUCGACCCAUCAAUCUUAAUGGAGCCUAGCUCAGGCCAACACCCACUAGAUGCCUUUGGCCUCACCCCACUGCCAUCAACGCCUUCGCCUCGACUUCAACCCGAGCGGCACCGUUCUACAUCACUGCCCACGCCACUCACGCCUCCACGCUCGGUUCCCACAUCUGCACCGCAGCUAAUUGACCGAAGCUGCACGCCCCUGACCCCGUCUCUGAACGGCAGCAACUUCAGCAACCACCACCUCUACUACAACGGUCUCCCCACCAGCUCGCCCGGCAGCAGCAAGAUGACCGGAUACUUUGGCCCCGAAUUCUCAAACCCAAACAUGCACAUGCUGAUGGGUCCGGGCAUGGAUAUUGAGAACGUUGCUAACCGGGGAGGCCGGAUACCACUGCAUUUUGCAGUGCGUCCUACGGCGAUUUGA